AUUUAUACAUCGCAUAUCCAAGAUUCGUUCUGUACGCGACGCCCCGACCUCGAUCUCCCUACCUUCGCAACUUUUCCCCCCUCCCCUCCUUCUCUCUUAUUGCAACCUAAUUCCUUACAACAACCUAGCUAAUCCCGCAUUAUUUAUCUUAAUCAUCCAUCAAUCUUUCUCUGUUAGUCUCGAUACCAGUAUUACCCUUCUUUCUCUCGCUACGCUCUACUGCGUGUCUAUGUGUGUGUGUAUAAAAAGGAGUGUAUUUUUCUUUUUCUUGGCUGUCAUUUUGAUUCCAUUUUGUGAUUCUACUUAGAUCCCAUAUUCUUGUCUCAGUGUUCUUCUCUCCCUUUCUUCUUGUUUUUUUCGGAUCUAUCUAUGCUCUGUAACCAGAUCACCCCACCUGUACAUCUACUUAUAAUCUAUCUACCCCACUACCUCCAUCAUCAUCAGCCUUAACAGGAAUAAUAACGGGAAGUAAAAAAGGAACUGCCUUUUCUCAAGACUGGAUAGAUAGAUAUUUGAACAGAUUAAAAAUAAUGGAUUUUGCAGAGAAAAUGCAACGGUGUCAUGAAUAUGUAGAAGCAUUAGAAGAAGAAAGACGCAAGAUUCAAGUGUUUGAACGCGAGCUUCCUUUGUGUCUAGAGCUUGUUACUCAAGCGAUCGAGGCAUGUAAGAGGGAGUUAUCAGGGACAACUGAGGAUCAUAAUAUGCAUGGACAAUCGGAAUGCUCUGAGCAGACAUCGAGUGAAGGGCCUGUUUUGGAGGAAUUCAUUCCUAUUAAGAGAACUCACUUUUCUGAUGACGAUGAUAAUGAUAAUAAUCAUGAUGAUGAUCAUCAUCAAGAACAACAAUCACAGAAUAAUAAUAAGAGAAACAAGAGUAACAGCAGCAUCAGCAACAACGAUCACAAGAAGAAAUCCGAUUGGCUUAGAUCUGUCCAGUUGUGGAAUCAAUCCCCAGAUCCACCUCAAAAACAGGAUUUGCCAAGAAAGGCAGCGGUGACAGAAGUGAAAAGAAAUGGGGCUGGAGGUGCAUUCCAGCCAUUUCACAGAGAGAAAAGUGUUGGGAAGAGUAGUAAUCAGGCAAUCUCUAAGGCACCGCCUUCAGUGCCGGCUUCUGCAACAAGUUCAAUAGCGGGUGCUGUGACAGGAGGAACUGGUGGUGGAGGCAAUACAAAGGAAGACAAAGAAAAGGGAAAUCAAAGAAAGCAAAGAAGAUGUUGGUCACCUGAGCUGCAUAGAAGGUUCUUACAUUCUCUUCAACAGCUUGGUGGCUCACAUGCUGCAACUCCAAAGCAAAUAAGGGAGCUCAUGAAGGUGGAUGGACUUACUAAUGAUGAAGUCAAGAGUCAUUUACAGAAAUACCGUUUGCAUACAAGAAGACCAAGCCCUACAAUCCACAAUAACAGCAGUCAACAGGCACCACAAUUUGUAGUUGUUGGUGGCAUCUGGGUUCCACCGACUGAUUAUGCAGCAGUGGCUGCCACAACAACAGCGGGAGAACCUUCCACUAUUUCCGCGGCCAAUGGAAUUUAUGCACCAAUAGCCGCACCACCACCCGCUGUCCCACAAAAUCGACAGCAUACACAAUCUGAGCACUUGCAGUCAGAAGGUAGGGGCAGUCAUGGUGAAGGGGGGGGUGCUCAUUCUAAUAAUUCCCCCGCUACAUCUUCCUCCACGCAUACUACCACGACAUCCCCAGUGUUUUGAGUAUCAUUGCGUGAGUGUUGUAAAGUUAAAAUAAAAAUAAGAUGAGAGUGGUGUAAAAUUUUUGUAACCAAAGACUAGAUCAAAGGCCUCUAUAUGUGACAUAGACAUCGUUCGGAGUUUUCUUGUGCAA